UAGAAAGUUCUACUUCAUUGGAGUCAUAUCGUCGAUUAGCGGUUGAUCGAUAGCUACGUGUUUGUGUCUUGCAAACAAAACAAGUUUUAAAAACAUUAAAAAUGUCGUCACAAGUCGUAAAUGAUUUUUAUAAUACAAGGAAAAGUGCUAGUCACAAACGUAAAGCCGUGGAUGACAAUCCCUAUGAUGCAGACGUCAAGCCUAAAAAGGUCGCCUACAUUGAAUCAUUGAAUAAUAACAAGGCAAAGGUGUGUCAAAUUUACAAAUAUCUAUUAAAUUCGUUAGUAUCUUUGUUUACAUUUUGUGGCUUAAAACUAAAAUCAAAAGUGCGAAUAUGGGACCAACUGUAAUUGUUAACUGUCACUUUGAAGGCGCCGAAUGCUGGGAAUGUUGUGGUCGUUUCGGGUUAGCUCAAUUUAUUGUUGUGAAGUAGGAUACAGCUUUAGCUAUGUACCUAACAUUAUUGUGAAGUAGGAUACAGCUUUAGCUAUGUACCUAACAUUAUUGUGAAGUAGGAUACAACUUUAGGUAUGUACCUAACAUUGUUGUCAAGUAGGAUAAAACUUUAGCUAUUUACAUAACAUUGUUGUCAAGUAGGAUACAACUUUAGCUAUGUACCUAACAUUGUUGUGAAGUAGGAAACAACUUUAGCUAUGUACCUAACAUUGUUGUGAAGUAGGAUACAACUUUAGCUAUGUACCUAACAUUGUUGUGAAGUAGGAUACAACUUUAGCUAUGUACCUAACAUUGUCAAACUUGGUUCAUGGUUUUAACAAACGAAUAGUAGUUUGAAAAAAGCCAGUUUGCUGGUGUUGGGUGAGUGGGAAGCAGUGUUUCUUUCAAACUUUUUUCUCCGGGGUAGGGGGGGGGGGUGAAACUUGGAAAUUUCGGCCCUUUCGAAGAGAUGCCUGAAAGAAACGAAACUCUGUUGGGAAGGGCUAAAGCUAAUGUGGUCGAAGUGGGAGGGGGAAGGGGGAACCAGCAUUUAUGGACGACCCUUACCCUUAUUUUUAUAAGUUGUAUUGUAGAUGAAGGAUGUCUCAAAUCAAGAAAACGAAAAUGAGAAAAUUUUACAUUCGAUGUUACUGACGUGUUGGCUAAUACACACUUUAACCGGAGAGACUUCGAUCGCAAUUUUACUGCAGUAUGUCGAGUGAGGAAAAUCUGGCCACUUGCUGCGGUCCAUUACAUUGUCAUUAAAUUUUUACCACAUUGCUAACAACUGAAUCAUACUUUUUUCAAUGUUUGUUUCUUACAAUUAGGCUUCCCAGCGACGAAUGACAAGCAAGAUCUCAGCAACUUUACUGGGUGUCGUAAACAUUCUAAGCACAAAGAUUUCAUUCCCAUGUCUGUUUUCAAAAGAGAUUAUUUGCCUGAAAAUUACCAAAAUAACACAAUGUAUAAUUUGGUUUGGGCCAUUUCCGAUUUAGUGGUGCGUUUGUCGGUCGUAACACAUACACUAAGACCCAAAGUUUUCCCCGGGACGGAUGAUCCCUACCCUAGAAAUUCUAAGAUAAAUGGUAGUGGGAGAAUAAUUUUCGCCAAGAAAUUCAGAGGUCAAUGCCAAUGUCCUGAUUGUCUGUCUACCGGUAACUAUGUGUACGAAUGGGCUGAGAUAAAAAUUUUAACGGCAGCACACGUCGUAAACAACUAUGAAGAAGUGGCAGGAACAACUUGUGAAUACCAUUUUGGUCACUUCAAGGGAACCCUCAAAGGCUACUCCUUGUACUCUGUCAACGUUGAACAUGACAGAGCUGAAUUGAUUUGUGUAACACAUGAUAUGUCUUUGGUUAACGCCAUUAUUGGUAAGAUUUAUAGUUUCAGAAGCUUAGACCAGCAGGCUAAGAACAUGUACGGUCCUAGUGAGAGAAAGAAGGUUUUUAUAAUCGUGUCUCACCCACACGGGUAUGAUAAGCAUGUGACAUUUGGAUAUAGAGUCGAGACUGUUGAGAUACCUAUAAAUAACUAUAGGCGUUACACGUAUUACAAGUACUCAGCCAAGACAUGUGGAGGAAGCAGUGGCGCGCCCGUAUAUUUUGUCGGGAAAGAAAAUACUUGGACCACUCACGUACACAAAGGAUAUCAUCCCGAUGGUAUCGGUGAAAGUGGAACGGAAUGGGAAAAUGUCGAUUACAAUUUUAAUCAGAGAUCCUCAGCUAACGAAGGGUGUCACUCCCCUAGGGUGCUGAGUAACGCCUCAGGAUGUAACUCCAUAGUAUCAGAGCUUGGACGUGGCCAGAUUUUCGGAGCAGGCGUGGCUAUAGUCCAAAAUUAAUAAACACGCAUUUCGGGUAGAUUACAACUUGGUUCACAAUUUUAAUUGUGGGAAGCUGUAAAUAAUAACGUUUCUAUUUUAAUAACUAGGUCUAAAGUGGCUUCUAUUUAUACAUUGUUCGCGGUAAAAUGCUUCUAAAUUAACAGGAUGAAAAGUAUAACAGACUAAUGGGAAUGACACCAGGUUAAUUUGUGGGAAAUGUUAAUCCCAAAACUGUGUUAAAAUAAUCAAUGUGUUAUAUUGUAUAAAUGGUAAUUAAAGUAAUUUCGUAUUAUAUAAA